AUGUCUAGCCUACCAGACAACAUCCGCAGGACACUCGAAGUCCUACUUCCCAAGAUCAAGUCGCAACAUGAGGAGUCGUCAAAACCUAUCAUACUUGGUAUCACCGGUCUGCAAGGCUCAGGCAAAUCGACAUGGGCAUCAGAGCUGGUCAAGAUUCUGUCGAAAGAUCAUGGCCUCCAUACGAUAACUGUUUCACUGGACGAUUUUUACAAGACGCAUGAUGAGCUAGUGGCCCAGCGGGAUCGUGAUCCAAACAACAAGCUCUACCGUACUCGUGGACAGCCUGGUACACAUGACGAACAGCUAGCUCAAAAGUUCUUCGGCGAUUUGAAAGAGUACACCGGAAAAGGCGAUCUCAAGAUACCCAGCUUCGACAAGAGCAAGUACAACGGCGAAGGUGACCGAGCACCCGAAUCAGAAUGGCCAACAAUCUCACAAAAGCCUGACGUUGUUGUCUUCGAAGGCUGGUGCGUCGGCUUCCAGCCAGUUCCGCUGUCAUUCAUCGAAGAACGACAUUCGCUGGCAAAAGCCGGAAAGCUCGCCGUCAACACCCCUGCAAAUCAUCAGCUGCCUCAUUUGUUCGAAGUCAACGACAACCUCAAGCGUUACUGUGAUGCAUUCAUGGGGCCCCAGCACUUUGACUUCUUCAUUCAUAUCGAUACGGAUGAUCUGAGGAACGUGUACACGUGGCGGCUGCAACAAGAGCACAAGAUGAUUGAGGUCAAGGGGUCGGGAAUGUCGGAUGAGCAAGUUCGCGCGUUCAUUGAUGGGUAUAUGCCGAGCUAUGAGAUAUAUCUAGAGCGCCUACGCGAAGGACUAUUUGAUGAUAAGGGUAGGAUGGUUAGGGUGGUGUUGGAUAAGGAACGAAGGGUUGAGAGGAUUGAGGAGCUGUGA